AUGCCCCUCCUUUCCAAGGUUGUCACCUUCAAAACCCCUACCAACCGCGCCGCUGCUAUCAAGGCAAACAGAGUCAUCCGAUCCAUCAAGAGCAGAUACCGGGCCCAGGCCUUUCUGUUCCUCGCAUACCACUUCUUCCUCACUUCGCCUAUGCACCUUGAUAUCUUUAUCAUGUUCUUCAUUCUGGUCAGCAACUUCAUGAACCGACAACAGGCGUUCCCAGCCCACCUGGUUAUCGAGGGACUACGCUUCCUCAUCGACGAGAGAAGGUUCAUCAUGCCUUGA